AUGAUGGUAAUUUCUGAUGAUGAUGAUGGUAAUUUAUUUGCUAUUGGAUACUACCAUUUCGAUGUUCAUAUACAAAUACAUUUGUAUGCUAUGCAUCCCCUAAUCUGCAAUAUGAAAUCCCAAACCAUGUAUAUAUAUUUUUUGAUAUACAGUACCAGUCAAAAGUUUGGACACACCUACUCAUUCCAGGGUUUUUCUUUAUUUUUUACUAUUUUCUACAUUGUAGAAUAAUAGUGAAGACAUCAAAACUAUGAAAUAACACAUAUGGAAUCAUGUAGUAACCAAAAAAGUGUUAAACAAAUCAAAAUAUAUUUUAUAUUUGAGAUUCUUCAAAGUAGCCACUCUUUAAGUUGAUGACAGCUUUGCACACUCUUGGCAUUAGUCUAAAGGUAUAACACUGGCAGGACCGCUGUCUAGAGGUAAUACACUGGCAGGACCGCUGUCUAGAGGUAUAACACUGGCAGAACUGCUGUCUAGAGGUAAAACACUGGCAGGACCGCUGUCUAGAGGUAAUACACUGGCAGGACCGCUGUCUAGAGGUAAUACACUGGCAGGACCGCUGUCUAGAGGUAAUACACUGGCAGGACCGCUGUCUAGAGGUAAUACACUGGCAGGACCGCUGUCUAGAGGUAAAACACUGGCAGGACCGCUGUCUAGGGGUAAUACACUGGCAGGACCGCUGUCUAGAGGUAAUACACUGGCAGGACCGCUGUCUAGAGGUAAAACACUGGCAGGACCGCUGUCUAGAGGUAAAACACUGGCAGGACCGCUGUCUAGAGGUAUAACACUGGCAGGACCACUGUCUAGAGGUAAAACACUGGCAGGACCGCUGUCUAGAGGUAAAACACUGGCAGGACUGCUGUCUAGAGGUAAAACACACGCAGGACUGCUGUCUAGAGGUAAAACACUGGCAGGACCGCUGUCUAGAGGUAAAACACUGCACUGGAAGGACUGCUGUCUAGAGGUAAUACACUGGCAGGACCGCUGUCUAGAGGUAAAACACUGCACUGGAAGGACUGCUGUCUAGAGGUAAUACACUGGCAGGACCGCUGUCUAGAGGUAAAACACUGGCAGGACCGCUGUCUAGAGGUAAAACACUGGCAGGACCGCUGUCUAGAGGUAAUACACUGGCAGGACCGCUGUCUAGAGGUAAUACACUGGCAGGACCGCUGUCUAGAGGUAAUACACUGGCAGGACCGCUGUCUAGAGGUAUAACACUGGCAGAACCGCUGUCUAGAGGUAAUACACUGGCAGGACUGCUGUCUAGAGGUAAUACACUGGCAGGACCGCUGUCUAGAGGUAUAACACUGGCAGAACCGCUGUCUAGAGGUAAUACACUGGCAGGACCGCUGUCUAGAGGUAUAACACUGGCAGGACCGCUGUCUAGAGGUAAAACACUGCACUGGAAGGACUGCUGUCUAGAGAUAUAACACUCGCAGGACUGCUGUCUAGAGGUAAAACACUGGCAGGACCGCUGUCUAGAGGUAAAACACUGCACUGGAAGGACUGCUGUCUAGAGGUAAUACACUGGCAGGACCGCUGUCUAGAGGUAAAACACUGGCAGGACCGCUGUCUAGAGGUAAAACACUGCACUGGAAGGACUGCUGUCUAGAGGUAAAACACUGGCAGGACCGCUGUCUAGAGGUAAAACACUGGCAGGACCGCUGUCUAGAGGUAAUACACUGGCAGGACCGCUGUCUAGAGGUAAUACACUGGCAGGACCGCUGUCUAGAGGUAAUACACUGGCAGGACCGCUGUCUAGAGGUAAUACACUGGCAGGACCGCUGUCUAGAGGUAAUACACUGGCAGGACCGCUGUCUAGAGGUAAAACACUGGCAGGACCGCUGUCUAGAGGUAAUACACUGGCAGGACCGCUGUCUAGAGGUAAUACACUGGCAGGACCGCUGUCUAGAGGUAUAACACUGGCAGAACCGCUGUCUAGAGGUAUAACACUGGCAGGACCGCUGUCUAGAGGUAUAACACUGGCAGGACCGCUGUCUAGAGGUAAAACACUGCACUGGAAGGACUGCUGUCUAGAGGUAAUACACUGGCAGGACCGCUGUCUAGAGUUAAUACACUGGCAGGACCGCUGUCUAGAGGUAUAACACUGGCAGGACCGCUGUCUAGAGGUAUAACACUGGCAGGACCGCUGUCUAGAGGUAAAACACUGGCAGGACCGCUGUCUAGAGGUAAAACACUCGCAGGACUGCUGUCUAGAGGUAAAACACUGGCAGGACCGCUGUCUAGAGGUAAUACACUGGCAGGACCGCUGUCUAGAGGUAAUACACUGGCAGGACUGCUGUCUAGAGGUAUAACACUGGCAGGACCGCUGUCUAGAGAUAUAACACUGGCAGGACUGCUGUCUAGAGGUAAAACAAUGGCAGGACCGCUGUCUAGAGGUAAAACACUGCACUGGAAGGACUGCUGUCUAGAGGGGGGGGGGGGGGCUGACUAUUUUCUUAGUCAGAGAGAGCGCAGGGCUAGUAGGGCUGAUAGGGAUGGGGCUGGCUGCUGCUAUGUGGGAAAUAAAUGGCUGGAUGGUGUUGACUCCCUGCCCCAGCCUCCACGACACGGUUUCUGUUGAACAUCCAGCUUUGGAGGGAAGGAGGUGGGAAUAGAAGAGAGGGGGGGAGAGGAGAGGGGAGGAAGGAAGUGUUGGUUGCUACAGCUGGGUGUAUAAUUGUUCUCAGGUCCCUGGCUAACAGAACAGUGUGUGGGAGCUAGCCCGGCUGGGGGUCUCUGGGUCAGAGUGGUAGAUGAGGAGGAACCAGGUGUGACAGGGCUGUGUGGGAGCUAGUCAGGCUGGGGGUCUCUGGGUCAGAGUGGUAGAUGAGGAGGAACCAGGUGUGACAGGGCUGUGUGGGAGCUAGUCAGGCUGGGGGUCUCUGGGUCAGAGUGGUAGAUGAGGAGGAACCAGGUGUGACAGGGCUGUGUGGGAGCUAGUCAGGCUGGGGGUCUCUGGGUCAGAGUGGUAGAUGAGGAGGAACCAGGUGUGACAGGGCUGUGUGGGAGCUAGUCAGGCUGGGGGUCUCUGGGUCAGAGUGGUAGAUGAGGAGGAACCAGGUGUGACAGGGCUGUGUGGGAGCUGGCCAGGCUGGGCCAGCAGUAGAUGAGUAAGGGUUAGCUCUCUGGUUCUAAUGGCCCUCACUCCUCUCCGCCUCAACCUCACAUAGCUUUACGCACUCUGUACUGAGACACACAAUUUGAUAACCCUUUUCUGUGUAUAUGUGCGCACGCGUCUUAUAAUAAUAAAAUAUUAAUAUAAUAUAAUAAUAUAAUAUAAUAUGCCAUUUAGCAGACGCUUUUAUCCAAAGCGACUUACAGUCAUGCGUGCAUACAUUUUUGUGUAUGGGUGGUCCCGGGGAUCGAACCCACCUUGGCGUUACAAGCGCCGUGCUCUACCAGCUGAGCUACAGAGGACCGCUACAGAUGAUCUUGGUGGUCCUUUGAGCCGGAUCUCGAAUAAAUUAUUAAUUAAAUGUAAAUUAUUAUACUUUUCUAUUACAAUAUUUCAUGAAUAGUUUUUCUCGGUGUAACAUAUCUCUAUGUUAAAGUUAUCAUCUCCUCUCCUGAUGUUAACACCGGCUUGUAUAUCAUAUGUUGUGUAUCUAAUCUCUGUGUUAUAUAAUGUGCAUAUAUACUGAACAAAAAUAUAAACACAACAUGUAAGGUGUUGGUCCCAGGCUUCAUGAGCUGAAAUAAAAAAUCCCUGAAAUUUUCCAUACACACAAAAAGCGUAUUUCUCUCAUUUUGUUCACAAAUUUGUUUACAUCCCUGUUAGUGAGCAUUUCUCCUUUGCCAAGAUAAUCCAUCCACUUGACAGGUGUGCCAUAUCAAGAAUCUUGUGCUGGGGACUAUAAAAGGCCACUCUAAAAUGUGCAGUUUUGUCACACAACAAAAUGCCACAGAUGUCUCAAGUUUUAAGGGAGCGUGCAAUUGGCAUGCUGACUGCAGGAAUGUCCACCAGAGCUGUUGCCAGAGAAUUGAAUGUUGAUUUAUCUUCCAUAAGCCACCUCCAACGUCAUUUUAGAGAAUUUGGCAGUACGUCCAACUGGCCUCACAACCGCAGACCAUGUGUAACCACGCCAGCCCAGGACCUCCACACCCGGCUUCUUCACCUGCGGGAUCAUCUCAGACCAGCCACCCGGACAGCUGAUGAAACUGUGGGUUUGCACAACCAAAUAAUUUCUACUCAAACUGUCAGAAACCGUCUCAAGUAAGCUCAUCUGCGUGCUCGUCGUCCUGACCAGGGUCUUGACCUGACUGCAGUUUGGCGUCAUAACCGACUUCACUGGGAAAAUGCUCACCUUCGAUGGCCACUGGUACGCUGGAGAAGUGUAAUCUUCACAGAUGAAACCCAGUUUCAACUGUACCAGGCAGAUGGCAGACAGCGUGUAUGGCGUCGUGUGGGUGAGCAGUUUGCUGAUGGGUGCCCAAUGGUGGCGGUGGGGUUAUGGUAUGGGCAUGCAUAAUGUACUGACAACGAACAGAAUUGCAUUUUAUCGAUGGCAAUUUGAAUGCACAGACACACCGUGACGAGAUCCUGAGGCCCAUUGUCGUGCCAUUCAUCCACCACCAUCACCUCAUGUUUCAGCAUGAUAAUGCACGGCCCCAUGUUGGAAGGAUCUGUACACAAUUCCUGGAAGCUGAAAAUGUCCCAGUUUUUCCAUGGUCUGCAUACUCACCAGACAUGUCUCCAAUUGAGCAUGUUUGGGGUGCUCUGGAUCGACUUGUACGACAGCGUGUUCCAGUUCCCGCCAAUAUCCAGAAACUUCGCACAGCAAUUGCAGAGGAGUGGGACAACAUUCCACAGGCCUCAAUCAACAGCAUGAUCAACUCUAUGUGAAGGAGAUGUGUUGCGCUGCAUGAGGCAAAUGGUGGUCACCAGAUACUGACUGGUUUUCUGAUCCACGCCCCUACCUUUUUUUUUUUAAGGUAUCUGUGACCAACAGAUGCAUAUCUGUAUUCCCAGUCAUGUGAAAUCCAUAGAUUAGGGCCUAAUUUAUUGAUUUAAAUUGACUGAUUUCCUUAAAUGUACUGUAACUCAGUAGAAUCUUUGAAAUUGUUGUGUUAUAUUUUUGUUCAGUGUAGUUAUAAUGUGUAUCUAAUAUCUGUGUUAUAUAAUAUAUAUAAAAUCAUAUGUUGUGUAAGUGUCCUUUAAAACAGUCCCCCCCCCCCCCCCCCCCCCCCCUCUCAGCCCCAUGGCAAAAUGUGUAGAAUUGAAGAAAAGUAGCUUUAAAACAGCAAAGUGUUGUCUCUGGGCAAAAGAGGAGUCGAAGAUGGCAACGUUGGCUACGCCCACUACCCCCCUGCGUUUCUGUGUGUGUAUAUACAGUGGGGAAAAAAAGUAUUUAGUCAGCCACCAAUUGUGCAAGUUCUCCCACUUAAAAAGAUGAGAGAGGCCUGUCAUUUUCAUCAUAGGUACACGUCAACUAUGACAGACAAAUUGAGAAGAAAAAAAUCCAGAAAAUCACAUUGUAGGAUUUUUUAUGAAUUUAUUUGCAAAUUAUGGUGGAAAAUACGAUACGUUGUGUAUCUAAUAUCUGUGUGUGUGUGUGUAUAUAUAUAUAUAUAUAUGUGCUGUGUAUCUCUGCGUGUGUAUAUACAGUAUAUGUUGUAUAUCUCGUGUGUAUAUAUAUAUAUACACACACAGUUGAAGUCGGAAGUUUACAUAAACCUUAGCCAAAUACAUUUAAACUAAGUUUUUCACAAUUCCUGACAUAAAAAAAAAAAAAUCCCUGUUUUAGGUCAGUUAGGAUCACCACUUUAUUUUAAGAGUGUGAAAUGUCAGAAUAAUAGUAGAGAGAAUUAUUUAUUUCUGCUUUUAUUUCUUUCAUCACGUUCCCAGUGGGUCAGAAUAUUACAUACACUCAAUUAGUAUUUGGUAGCAUUGCCUUUAAAUUGUUUAACUUGGGUCAAAGUUUUCGGGUAGCCUUCCACAAGCUUCCCAUAAUAAGUUGGGUGAAUUUUGGCCCAUUCCUCCUGACAGAGCUGGUGUAACUGAGUCAGGUUUGUAGGCCUCCUUGCUCGCACACGCUUUUUCAGUUCUGCCCACAAAUCUUCUAUAGGAUUGAGGUCAGGGCUUUGUGAUGACCACUCCAAUACCUAGACUUUGUUGCCCUUAAGCCAUUUUGCCACAACUUUGGAAGUAUGCUUGGCGUUAUUGUCCAUUUGGAAGACCCAUUUGCGACCAAGCUUUACCUUCCUGACUGAUGUCUUGAGAUGUUGCUUCAAUAUAUCCACAUAAUUUUCCUUCCUUCCUCAUGAUGCCAUCUCUUUUGUGAAGUGCACCAGUCCCUCCUGCAGCAAAGCACCCCCACAGCAUGAUGCUGCCACCCCUGUGCUUCACGGUUGGGAUGGUGUUCUUUGGCUUGCAAUCCUUUCCCUUUUUCCUCCAAACAUAACGAUUGUCAUUAUGGCCAAACAGUUCUACUGGUUCUAACCAGAAUAUGUAACAGUGAAGAGGCGACUCCGGGAUGCUGACCUUCUUGGCAGAGUUGCAAAGAAAAUGCCCAUCUUAAUCUUUUCUUUUUAUUGGCCAGUCUGAGAUAUGGCUUUUUCUUUGCAACUCUGCCUAGAAGGUCAGCAUCCCGGAGUCGCCUCUUCACUGUUGACGUGGAGACUGGUGUUUUGCGGGUACUAUUUAAUGAAGCUGCGAGUUGAUGACCUGUAAGGCGCCUGUUUCUCAAACUAGACACUAAUUUAUUUGUCCUCUUGCUCAGUUGUGCACCGGGGCCUCCCACUCCUCUUUCCAUUCUGGUUAGAGACAGUUUGCACUGUUCUGUGAAGGGAGUAGUACACAGCGUUGUAUGAGAUUUUCAGUUUCUUGGCAAUUUCUCGCAUGGAAUAGCCUUCAUUUCUCAGAACAAGAAUAGACCGACGAGUUUCAGAAGAAAGUUAUUUGUUUCUGGCCAUUUUGAUCCUGUAAUCAAACUCACAAUUGCUGAUGCUCCAGAUACUCAACUAGUCUCAAGAAGGCCAGUUUUAUUGCUUCUUUAAUCAGCACAACAGUUUUCAGCUGUGCUAACAUAAUUGCAAAAGGGCUUUCUAAUGAUCAAUUAGCCUUUUAAAAUGAUAAACUUGGAUUAGCUCACACAACGUGCCAUUGGAACACAGGACUGAUGGUUGCUGAUAAUGGGCCUCUGUACGCCUACGUAGAUAUUCCAUAAAAAAAUCAGCAGUUUCCAGCUACAAUAGCCAUUUACAACAUUAACAAUGUCUAUACUGUAUUUCUGAUCAAUUUGAUGUUAUUUUAAUGGACAAAAUAAUUGCUUUUCUUUCAAAAACAAAAACAUUUCUAAGUGACCCCAAACUUUUGAACGGUAGUGUAUAUGUUGUGUAUCUAUGUGUGUGUAUAUAUACACUACUGGUCAAAAGUUUGGACACACCUACUCAUUCAAGGGUUUUUCUUUAUUUUUACUAUUUUCUACAUUGUAGAAUAAUAGUGAAGACAUUAAAACUAUGAAAUAACACAUAUGGAAUCAUGUAGUAACCAAAAAAUUGUUAAACAAAUCAAAAUAUAUUUUAUAUUUGAGAUUCUUCAAAUAGCCACCCUUCGCCUUGAUGACAGCUUUGCACACUCUUGGCAUUCUCUCAACCAGCUUCAUGAGGUAGUCACCUGGAAUGCAUUUCAAUUAACAGGUGUGCCUUCUUAAAAGUUAAUUUGUGGAAUUUCUUUCCUUCUUAAUGCGUUUGAGCCAAUCAGUUGUGUUGUGACAAGGUAGGGGGGUAUACAGAAGAUAGCCCUAUUUGGUAAAAGACCAAGUCUAUAUUAUGGCAAGAACAGCUCAAAUAAGCAAAGAGAAAUGACAGUCCAUCAUUACUUUAAGACAUGAAGGUCAGUCAAUACAGAACAUUUCAAGAACUUUGAAAGUUUCUUCAAGUGCGGUCGCAAAAACCAUCAAGCGCUAUGAUGAAACUGGCUCUCAUGAUGACCGCCACAGGAAUGGAAGACCCAGAGUUACCUCUGCUGCAGAGGAUAAGUUCAUUAUAGUUACCAGCCUCAGAAAUUGCAGCCCAAAUAUAUGCUUCACAGAGUUCAAGUAACAGACACAUCUCAACAUCAACUGUUCAAUCCGCCCUUAAUCCUCACCAGCUCCCAGUUAGUCCUAUCCGGGGAGCCCGUCGAGACCUGGCACGUCCAGCAGAUGGAGCCACCGCCUCGUGAUGUAUACUCCAUCUGUUACCAGGCCUCGACGAGUCUUCCCCUGGUGGCUGUCCUUGCUUCUGGGCCGAGUCGAGGUCCUCACUGCUCGGGACCACCACUGGUACCGUUGGCGUCCUGGGUCCCGACCAUAACACGGCCAAGGCUGUCCUCUCGUGCCACUUCUUCAACAGGUUCACGUGGUAAAUCUGUUGAGGUUUCCGUCUCCCCGGUUGCCGUACGCGGUAGUUGACAGGUCCCAGUUUCUCUACCACCUCGUAUGGUCCGCGCCAUGUUGCCAGGAACUUACUUUCGGCCGUGGGGAUCAACACCAACAUCCUGUCUCCCACCUGGAAUUCUCGGCGCUGGGCUCCCCGAUUGUAGACCUGGGCUUGGGCGCGUUGGGCCUUCUCCAUAUGUUCCCUCACGACUGGCCAUAUGGCUGUCAUCCGCUCCCGCAUCGUCUCCACGUGCUCUACCACGCUGCGUAAGGGGGUCGGUUGGGCUUCCCACACCUCCUUGGCGAGGUCCAGUAGGCCACGGGGAAAACCCAGUGGAGGAUUGGGGUACUUCUCGGAUUGAGAACAUUAGGUGGGGUAGCAGCUGGUCUCAGUUCUUCCCGUCCUGCUCGAUGACCUUCCGUAGCAUCUGUUAGAGCGUUUUGUUAAAGCGCUCAACGAGCCCAUCCGUCUGCGGGUGAAAAACGGAGGUCCGGAUCUGCUUGAUCUGCAUGAGGGCACACAACUCUUUAAUGAGGCGGGACAUAAACUCUGUACCUUGGUCAAUCAGGAUCUCGUUCGGGAUGCCCACCCGGCUAAAGAGGUGGAACAGCUCCCGGGCGAUUCCCUUGGAUACCGCCGCCCGUAGGGGAAUGGCCUCGGGAUACCGGGUGGCAUAGUCUACUAUUACCAAGAUGUACCUGUGUCCUCGUGCAGCCUUUACCAGAGGUCCCACUAUGUCCAGAGUCUAAUAGCGCUUCCGUGUCGUGUCCGUCAACCUUCACCGGGACCAUGGGGGCAGUUGAUUCAUGGUGCGCCCAACAGGAGGUGACAUAGUUCACGGCGUGACCCACCUGGCCUCUGGUGCUAGCUGAUUGCAUCGACUCAUCUCGAGCAGGGCAAUUCCAGGCAAUGUGUCCCCGGGCGCCACACUCAAAACACCUCUGUUGGUCUCCAUCUACAUGGGGUCGUCAGUGGCGGGUCGGCCCUUCCCCAGCCGUCUCUCCACGGGUUUGCGGUCCCUUGGCCCUGCCGACCGUCGGUUCGGGGUACACCGCGGUGGGGUUGUCCUUCCGUCCCCUCGCACAGGUCGCCGACUCAUCCCGGCUCCCCCUCAGUAGGGCCUGAGUUUUCUGAUGCUUCUCCACUGCUCCACUGCUUCCGCAUAGGCUUGCUGCCCUCUUCAUGUCGUGGGGUAGCGCCUGUACGAAGUGAUCCAGGACCACUUUGUCGAGGAGGGAGAGGGUGGAUAUGUCGGUUAGGAGCCAUGCCCUGGUGACGCGCAGAAGGUCGCUCAUCUGGGCUCGGGGGGAUGUGUCGGGUACGAACCUCCAGUCGUGGAACCGUUGAGCCCGAUGGGCCAGGCUGCACCUGUAGCGGCUGAGUAUCUCCCGUUUGAGUCCGUCAUAGUUAUCCGCCUGUUCGUCGUUCAGGUCCCAAUACGCCUUUUGGGCAUUCCCAGAGAGGAACGGGGCCAGCAGACUUGCCCACUUCGGCCUUGGCCAUCCUUCCCGUAGUGCUCUCCGUUCAAACGUACAGAGGUAUGUUUCAAUGUCAACGUCUUCCGGUAGCUUGAUUAAAAACUGGUUGGGAUGGGAUUCAGGAGACGCUCCUCCUUGCAGCUUCCUGACUUCCUCCACGAGGCGGACGUUUUGUAGUCGCUGUUCCUCCAGCGUUCGUUCCUGAACCGCCUGUUGUGCUUGUUGGGCCCGGACGAACUGAGCUAUCAACUCGUCCAUGCUGAUGCUGUGUAAACGUCAACCCUGAUCUGACCACGUUAUCAAAAUGCCCGUAUUCUCCACCACUUGUGGCAGAUCAGGGGGUUGGGUCAAGACGUUUACACAGAUCAGACACGGACAGAGUAGGAUUAGCUCGGUUUCAAGGGUGUUUAUUAAUAAAAUAAUCAAAAGAAAAGGUUAGGUCUCCCCCAUGAGAUCCUCUCCAGGAUACCAUCUCCAACUACACGGAAGUUACCUUACUUCCCCCAGUCCUCUUCCAUGUUCUGCCCUUCUGGCAGCUUUAUGGGCCUUGCACAGCUGGUGAGCAAUCCGCCCUUAAUUACUCACCAGCUCCCAAUCAGCCCCAAUUAGUCCUGUCCGGGGAGCCUGUCGAGACCUGGCACGUCCAGCAGAUGGAGCCACCGCCUCGUGAUGUAUACUCCAUCUGUUACCAGGCCUCGACGAGUCUCCCCCUGGUGGCUGACCUGCUGUACGCCACAAUAUAUAAAUGUUGUCUAUCUCUCUGUAUAUAUAUAUAUAUAUAUAUAUAUAUAUAUAUAUGUGUGUGUCUCUGUGUUUCCAGGUGAGAGAGGCUGCCCAGGCCUUGCUCCUGGCUGAGCUGCGGAGGAUUGGUCAGUCAGGCAGGAAGGACACCAUCGACCUGUGGGCACCCUACCUGCCCCAGUACGUGGACCAAGUCGGCUCACGUAAGUCUACGCUGGUCCUUCAAGCCGGAUCUAUGAGCCUGUGUGUGUGUGUGGGUUAUACAGUCAGUCACAUUCAUAUUCAUAUUCUAUAGCAAACCUCAGUCAGAGCUGCCCAGUCUUGUCCACAAGCACAUAGAAAAGUGAGCCAGCCAGGAUCCCAGGGUCUGGGUUAAGAUUUUUUUGCCAAACAAGCUCUAUUUUGGUGGCCUUGUGUACAUUAUAAUGCCAUGAUUUCAUCCGAACUACACAGUUGAAUCCAUAUAUUUUUGUUAUGAAAGGUUACAUUUAAAAUCAAACAGUGUGAUGGGCACUUUUUCAAAUGGAAAAAUUGUUUUCUAAAAGAAACAGAACAGAUGCUCAAUUAGGUUAUCGAUGCAUCAUACGGGUAUGAUUUCUGUAUUUCGAAAGUUACAUAUCUUGAAAACUUGAUUGCUGACAAGCAAAACAUUUUGGGACUAUAUCAACAAUGGACCAAUGAAACAAACACCAGAAGAUAGUUUUUGGGUCGAGUUUUCCUUGGAGAGAGAGAGAGCGACAUCAGUUCUGAAAGAGCUGAACAAUCUGGACCCCUACAAAUCAGCUGGGCUAGACAAUCUGGACCCUUUCUUUCUAAAAUUAGCCGCCAAAAUUGUCGCAACCCCUAUUACUAGCCUGUUCAACCUCUCUUUCGUAACGUCUGAGAUCACCAGAAAUUGGGAAACUGCCACGGUCAUCCCCCUCUUCAAAGCGGGUGACACUCUAGAUCCAAACUGUUACAGACCUAUAUCCAUCCUGCCCUGCCUUUCGAAAGUUUUUGAAAGCCAAGUUAACAAACAGAUCACCGACCAUUUCAAAUCCCUCCGUACCUUCUCCGCUAUGCAAUCCGGUUUCCGAGCUGGUCAUGGGUGCACUUCAGCCACGCUCAAGGUCCUAAACGAUAUUAUAACCGCGAUUGAUAAUAGACAGUACUGUGCAGCCGUCUUCAUCGACCUGGCCAUCGACCUGACUCUGUCAACUACCGCAUUCUUAUUGGCAGACUAAAUAGCCUUGGUUUCUCAAAUGACUGCCUCGCCUGGUUCACCAACUACUUCUCAGAUAGGGUUCAAUGUGUCAAAUCGGAGGGCCUGUUGUCUGGACCUCUGGCAGUCUCUAUGGGGGUGCCACAGGGUUCAAUUCUCGGUCCGACUCUAUUCUCUGUGUAUAUCAAUGAUGUUGCUCUUGCUGCUGGUGACGCUCGGAUCCACCUCUAUGCGGACAACACAAUUUUGUAUACAUCUGGCCCUUCAUUGGACACUGUGUUAACAAACCUCCAAACGAGCUUCAACGCUAAACAACACUCCUUCUGUAGCCUCCAACUGCUCUUAAACACUAGUAAAACUAAAUGCAUGCUCUUCAACCGAACACUGCUUGCACCCGCCCACCCGACUAGAAUCACUACUCUCGACGGGUCUGACCUAGAGUAUGUGGACAACUACAAAUAAGCAUCUCCAAUCAAAAGUUAGAUCUAGAAUCGGCUUCCUAUUUCGCAACAAAGCCUCCUUCACUCAUGCUGCCAAACAUGCCCUCGUAAAACUGACUAUCCUACCGAUCCUUGACUUCGGCGAUGUCAUUUACAAAAUAGCCUCCAACACUACUCAGCAAAUUGGAUGUAGUCUAUCACAGUGCCAUCCAUUUUGUCACCAAAGCCCUAUAUACUACCCACCACUGUGACCUGUACGCUCUUGUUGGCUGGUCCUCACUACAUAUUCGUCGGCAAUAAGGCAAAUCCCCGCCUUAUCUUAGCUCACUGGUCACCAUAGCAACACCCACCCGUAGUCUGCGCUCCAGCAGGUAUAUCUCACUGGUCAUCCCCAAAGCCAACACCUCCUUUGGCCGCCAUUCCUUCCAGUUCUCUGCUGCCAAUGACUGAAACGAACUGCAAAAAUCUCUGAAGCUGGAGACUCUUAUCUCCCUCACUAUCUUUAGGCGUCAGUUGUCAGAGCACCUUACCGAUCACUGCACCUGUACACAGCGCAUCUGUAAUUAGCCCAUCCAACUACCUCAUCCCCAUAUUGUUAUUUAUUUUGCUAAUUUGCAUCCCAGUAUCUCUAUUUGCACAUCAUCUUUUGCACAUCUAUCAUUCCAGUGUUAAUAUGAAAUUGUAACUAUUUUGCACUAUGGCCUAUUUAUUGCCUUACCUCCAUAAUUUACUACAUUCGCACACACUGUAUAUGUAUUUUCUGUUGUAUUUUGGACUUUAUGUUUUUUUUACCCCAUAUGUAACUCUGUGUUGUUGUUUUUAUCGCACUGCUUUGCUUUAUCUUGGCCAGGUCGCAGUUGUAAAUGAGAACUUGUUCUCAACUGGCUUAACCUGGUUAAAUAAAGGUGAAAUAAAAAAUAAAUAAAAGUUAAAUUAGUGAAAGAAUUUCAGAAAGUGUUUGCAACUCUCUCUGUGAAUUGCAGUAUGUUAUGUAUUUAAAAACAUACAUGUUUAACAACUGACCCACAGAUUUCUUCUGAAAUAAUAAGAGCCUGCUGACUACCAUAGGCUUCAAGCUUCCUUUGAACCCUUAGCUUUCAAUAUCCCUGGCCCCACGGAAACCUAAUUAAUAUAGAGCUCACAGCCAUGCAAUCUCUACAGCGAUAAAUUGGCAGUAGAAUGGCCUUAAUGAAGAGCUCAGUCCCUUUCAACGUGACACCGUCAUUGGAUGCGGCCUUUCCAACAAGUCAGUUCAUCAAAUUUCUGCCCUGCUAGAGCUGUACUGGUCAACUGUAAGUGCUGUUAUUGUGAAGUGGAAACGUCUAGGAGCAACAACGGCUCAGCCCACACAAGCUCACAGAAUGGGACCGCUGAAGUGCGUAGCUUGUAAAAACACUCGAACACCCAAACUGCUCCUGUGCUUCAUGAAAUGGGUUUCCAUGGCCGAGCAGCCGCACACAUGCCUUAGAUCUCUAUGCGCAGUGCCAAGCAUCGGCUGGAGUGGUGGAAAGCCCGCCGUCAUUGGAAACUCGUUCUCUGGAGUGAUGAAUCCCGCUUCACCAUCUGGCAGUCCGACGGACUAAUCUGGUUUUGGUGGAUGCCAGGAGAACGCUACCUGCCCAAAUCCAUAGUGCCACCUGUAAAGUUUGGUGGAGGAGGAAUAAUGGUCUGGGGCUGUUUUUCAUGAUUCAGGCUAGGCCCCUUAGUUCCAGUGAAGGGAAAUCUUAACGCUACAGCAUACAAUGACAUUCUAGACAAUUCUGUAAUUCCAGCUUUGUGGCAACAGUUUGUGGAAGGCCCUUUCCUGUUUCAGCAUGACAAUGCUGCUGUGCACAAAGUGAGGUCCAUACAGAAAUGGUUUGACGAGACUGGUGUGGAAGAACUUGACUGGCCUACAAAGAGCCCUGACCUCAACCCCAUCAAACACCUUUGGGAAGAAUUGAAACGCCGACAGCGAGCCAGGCCUAAUCACCCGACCUCAGUGCCCAACCUCACUAAUGCUCUUGUGGCUGAAUGGAAGCAAGUCCCCGCAGCAAUUUUCCAACAUCUAGUGGAAAGCCUUCCCAGAAGAGUGGUAGGCUGUUAUAGCAGCAAAGGGGGGACCAACUCCAUAUUAAUGCUCAUGAUUUUGGAGUAAGACGUUCGACGAGCAGGUGUCCACAUACUGUUGGUCAUAUACAGAACAAACGUCCAUGUUUUUGGACACUCUGUUGUUCAUUGUGUUUGUAUGGGCUAAUAGCAGUAAAGACGAUCUGUUGUUCAAUGUAGUGAAUCUGUUAUUCAAUGUGUUUCUAUUGGCUAAUAGCAGUAAUGCCAAAUUAAAUGUUUAAUCAAAUUAUUUUGGGGGAUAUUCUUUUUGAUAUCUUAAGGGGACUUACAAUUCAAAAUCAAAUAGCUGAAUGAUCGUUGGUAUGACAAUCUCUAAACAAUUCCAUAUGUUAGCUUCCCCCUAGAGUCGAUGUCCACACCCCCGUGGAAAUCUAAUUAGCAUAAUAAAAACAUCCCAAUCACAUCAGUCUGUUUAAGCAUGGGCCGCAUCUCAAUCCACCGCAUCCACCAAUGGUGGCCUUCCGCAUCCACCAAUGGAAGGGUAGCCGAGCUACAGGGAUGUUUGUUAGACCAUGAGACAUACCGAACAUCGGUCUUCUCACAAAAACGUCUGUAGCGUCCGAAUACACUAAUAUGACCCCUCUAUGGAAAGGUUAGACUCUAGGACGCGCACAAGCCUCACAAGACUCGUCUGAAGGUAGUCCCGGUACCAGUUUUAAAAAAUGAUUAGAAGUACAGUGCAUUCGGAAAGUAUUCAGACCCCUUGACUUUCUCCACAUUUUGUUGCGUUACAGCCUUAUUCUAAAAUGGAUUAAAUAAAUAAAAAAACAUGAAUACCUAAUUUAAAUAAGUAUUCAGCCACUUUGUUAUGAGACUCUAAAUUGAGCUCAGGUGCAUCCUGUUUACAUUGAUCAUCCUUGAGAUGUUUCUACAACUUGAUUGGAGUCCACCUGUGGUCAAUUCAAUUGAUUGGACAUGAUUUGGAAAGGAACACACCUUUCUAUAUAAGGUCUUACAGUUGACAGUGCAUGUCAGAGCAAAAACCAAGCCAUGAUGUCGAAGGAAUUGUCCGUAGAGCUCUGAGACAGGAUUGUGUCGAGGCACAGAUCUGGGGAUUGAAGAAAUGUGGAACCCCCAAGACUCUACCUAGAGCUGGCCGCCUGGCAAAACUGAGCAAUCGGGGGAGAAGGGCCUUGGUCAGGGAGGUGACCAAGAACCUGAUGGUCACUCUGACAGCGCUCCAGAGUUCCUCUGUGGAGAUGGGAGAACAUUCCAGAAGGACAACCAUCUCUGCAGCACUCCACCAAUCAGGCCUUUAUGUUAGAGUGGCUAGACGGAAGCCACUCCUCAGUAAAAGGCACAUGACAGCCCUCUUGGAGUUUGCCAAAAGGCACCUAAAGAAUCUCAGACCAUGAUAAACAAGAUUUUCUGGUCUGAGGAAACCAAGAUUGAACUCUUUGGCCUGAAUGCCAAGCGUCACGUCUGGAGGGAUGCAUGGUGGUGGCAGCAUCAUGCUGUGGGGAUGUUUUUCAGCGGCAGGGACUGGGAGACUUGUCAGGAUCGAGGGAAAGAUGAACAGAGCAAGGUACAGAGAUCCUUGAUGUCCCUGAAUGUCCUUGAGUGGCCCAGCCAGAGCCCGUACUUGAACCCGACGAAACAUCUCUGGAGAGACCUGAAGAUAGCUGUGCAGCGAUGCUCCCCAUCCAACCUGACAGAGCUUGAGAGGAUCUGCAGAGAAGAAUGGGAGAAACUCCCCAAAUACAGGUGUGCUAAGCUUGUAGCUUCAUACCCAAGAAGACUCGAUGCUGUAAUCACUGCCAAAGGCGCUUCAACAAAGUACUCAGUCAAGGGUCUGAAUACUACUUUCAGUUUUUGGUUUUUAUAAAUGUGUCAAAUUUCUAAACACCUGUUUUUGCUUUGUCAUUAUGGGGUAUUUUGGGUAGAUUGAUGAGGGAAGAAAAAACGAUUUAAUCCAUUUUAGAAUAUGGCUGUAACAUAACAAAAUGUGGAAAAAGUCAAAGGGUCUGAAUACUUUCGGAAUGCACUGUAUAAAUGGAAGUAGUUUAGUGCCAACACUUUUUGUUAAAUAUGGGUAAAAAUAAAUAAUAAUAAAUAAUAAUAAUAUGCCAUUUAGCAGACGCUUUUAUCCAAUGCGACUUACAGUCAUGCGUGUAUACAUUUUUGUGUAUGGGUGGUAAAUGAAUGUUUUUUUUCCUGCUCUUUCUUAUAUCUCUCAGAUAUAGGACAGACACUUUAAAACAAUCAUCCUUUUAUUCGUUUUUUUUUGACCAUGUGUUUUUCCUUGUAUGAAUCUGUUAUUCAAUGUGUUUCUAUGGGCUAAUAGCAGGAAGACCAAAUUCAAUGUUUCAUCAAAUAUGUAUUUUUUUUUAUUAUUAUACCUAAAGGGGUCCUAAAAUUCAAAAUCAAAUAGCUAAAUGAUCCUUGGUUUAUGACCAUCUUAAAACAAAUCCAUAUGUUAACUUUAUUUUUUUUAAUUGUACUUACGGUUGAGAGUUAGAAUAAUAGGAUAGACAAGGUGCAAUUUCGACAUGUGGUUGUUCAUCAGCAGUCACUCUAUUAGCCCAGGUCAGCAAUUUCUUUUUAGAAUGGUAAAUUAGUCUAGCGGAAAGCUAUCUAAACUUGUAGUAAUCAUAGUCGAAUUACCGACCGGGGUGGGGCCCAUUGAUCAUCAGUUAUCAUAUUCAAAACUGCAAACAUUUGCCUCCGCCCAAUGACAAAAUGUGUAGAAUUGCAGAAAAUUUACUUUAAAACUACAUUGUUUUUCUCUUCGCUGCAACGCUGCUGGGUUUUUUAUGCUCAGCAGUUUCCCAUUUGUAACAAGAAUGGUCCACCACCCAAAGAACAUCCAGCCAACUUGACACAACUGUGGUAAGCAUUGGAGUCAACAUGGGCCAGCAUCCCUGUGGAACGCUUUCGGCACCUUGUAGAGUCCACGCCCCGACGAAUCGAGGCUGAUGGGGCAAAAAAGGGGUGGGGUGCAACUCAAUAUUAGGAAGGUGUUCCUAAUGUUUUGUACACUCAGUGUAAGUAUCAUUAGCAAUCACAUUUGUUCUCUUUUAUCAUAUUUUGGAACAGAGUGAGGCUAUCUCUUCACUCGCCUACCUGUUGUUCCUGCAGUGAGGAGGAUUCACCUUCUUCAUAAGCUUUCAUCAUUUAUCUGCAGAUAAAUGCCAGUAUGCAAAAUAGGGAGCUGAAUGAACGGCUAUCUUAACGAUGUGAUUCGGUAGGCUAUUGACGAGUCACUCACUUUAACGUCAUUGUCUUGCAAGUCCUGAUGGAAAUAUACAGUGCCUUCAGAGAGUAGUCAUGAUGAGAUACCAUGGACAUAUACAGUGGGGAGAACAAGUAUUUGAUACACUGCCGAUUUUGCAGGUUUUCCUACUUACAAAGCAUGUAGAGGUCUGUAAUCUUUUAUCAUAGGUACACUUCAACUGUGAGAUACGGAAUCUUAAAACAAAAAUCCAGAAAAUCACAUUGUAUGAUUUUUAAGUAAUUAAUUUGCAUUUUAUUGCAAACAGUGCCUUCAGAAAGUAGUCCUGAUGUGAUACCAUGGAGACACAAUACCCCAUAAUGACAAAGUGAAAACAUGUUUUUUGAAAUUGUAGCAAAUUUAUUGAAAAUGGAAAAAACAGAAAUAUCUCAUUUACAUAAGUAUUCACACCCCCUGAGUCAAUACAUGUUAGAAUCACCUUUAGCAGCGAUUACAGCUGUGAGUCUUUCUGGGUAAGUCUCUAAGAGCUUUACACACCUGGAUUGUAAAACAUCUGCACAUUAUUCUUUUUUUAAAUCUUCAAGGUCUGUCAAGUUGGUUGUUGAUCGUUGCUAGACAGCCAUUUUCAAGUCUUACUAUAGAUUUUCAAGCCGAUUUAAGUCAAAAACUGUAACUUGGCAACUUAGGAACAUUAAAUGUUGUCUUUGUAAGUAACUUCAGUAUAUAUUUUGCCUGGUGUUUUAGGUUAUUGUCCUGCUGAAAAGUGAAUUUGUCUCCCAUUGUCUGUUGUAAAGCAGACUGAAUCAAGUUUUCCUCUAGGAUUUUUCCUAUUCUGUUUAUUUUUAUCCUAAAAAAACUCCCUAGUUCUUGCGGAUGACAAGCAGCCACCACCAUGCUUGAAAAUAUGAAGAGUGGGACUCAGUGAUGUGUUGUUGGAUUUGCCCCAAACAUAACUCUUUGUAUUCAGGACAAAAGUUCAUUUCUUUGCCACAUUCUUAGCAGUUUUACUUUCAUGCCUUAUUGCAAACAGGAUGCAUUUUUUUAUUCUGUACAGUCUUCCUUCUUUUCACUCUGUCAAUUAGGUUAGUAUUGUGGAGUAACUACAGUACAAUGUUGUUGAUCCAUCCUCAGUUUUCUCCUAUCCCAGCCAUUAAGCUCGGUAACUGUUUUAAAGUUACCGUUGGCCUCAUGGUGAAAUCCCGGGGCGGUUUCCUUCCUCUCUGGCAACUGAGUUAGGAAGGACACCUGUAUCUUUUGUAGUGACUGGGUGUUUUGAUACACCAUCCAAAGCCUAAUUAAUAACUUCACCAUGUUCAAAGGGAUAUUCAAUGUCAGUAUUCUAUUGUUUAUUUUUUUUUAUUUUAUCUACCAAUAGGUGCCCUUCUUUGUGAGGCGUUGGAAAACCUCCCCAGUCUUUGUGGUUGAAUCUGUGUUUGAAAUUCAUUGCUCAAUUUUGAGGGACCUUACAAGAUAAUUUUAUGGGUGGGGUACAGAGAUCAGGUAGUCGUAAAAACAAUCAUGUUAAACACUAUUAUUGCACACACAGUGAUUCCAUGCUUAUUAUGUGACUUGUUAAGCAAAUGUUUACUCCUGAACUUAUUUAGGCUUGCCAUUACAAAGCAGUUGAAUUCGUAUUGACUGAAAGUCUUAAAAAAUAAAAAAUAAAUAAAAAGAUAUUGGCACAAGAUGGAGGGAAUGCUGCAACAUAACUAACGAAAUUACAGUUAACGAAAAUGUACGCUUAUCCAGUAUAAACUAAUGUAUAGAAUUUAAUACAAAAGACAAAAUUCAAAAUGUUUAGUCAUGUCUGAAGUGUAAAACGAACACUGACUCAAUAAUCCAUGCCUCCAUGCCUUCUGGGAAUGUUAUGAUGUCCAAAAUUAUGGGCGGAGUUAGAAGAAGUCAGAAGUGUUACAAUGUAAAUGUACUUUUAAUCUGUCUGUCUGUAUAUUUCAAGACAUGGCAUAUGAGGGUGCAGCGAGAUACCUGAUGGGUUGGACGAUACUUUUCUCGUCAAUCAUCUUGUAAAAACUUAUACUUAAAAACUUUACUUGGCUCAUCUCGCUCUAGCGACUCCUUGUGGCGGGCCGGGCGCCUGCAGGCUGACUUCCGGUCGUCAGUUGAACGGUGUUUCCUCCGACACACUGGUGCAGCUGACUUCCGGGAUAAGCAGGCGGGUGUUAAGGAGCGCGGCCUGGUGGGUCAUGUUUCGGAGGACGCAUGACUCGACCUUCGCCUCUCCUGAGCCUGUUGGGGGAGUUGCAGCGAUGGGGACAAGAUCAUAAUUGAAUAAGGGGGUAAAAUAAAACAACAACAAAAAUACACAAAAUAUAAUAAAUGAAAAGGUUAAGUGGAUUUCGGUUAAUCGUUACCACAUAUGGGAUGUGGAAAUGAACACACAUAGACGAUGAAGCAGCAUCAUGCUCUCUCCCGACGUGUAACGCAACACAACACCCAGCUACCGGGAGGCAGGACAGACAGCAGACUGUCAAACCAGCAGUGUUUCCCUGUCAUCGCUCACUUUGUGGAGGCGCCUGUCAUAUCAAUAGCUCACUAGAAGAUGCAUAUCGUUCAUUCUAGCGGGAGAUGGCUCGGGUGACUUUUUUUUUCUGACUUGCGAAUUGUGAAAAAAAAGUAGCCUAGUUAAUUUAAGUGGAAAAAGUACCCGGCUGAAUAUGAGUGUAUAGCCGACAGCCGGCGCUAGUGGAAAACACUGGCUGGCCUUCCCUUAAGCUGUUUCUAUGUGUUCUCAAGACAGCACUGUCAAACACACACUCUUGAUUCCUAGUUCCUCUUUGUCCGUCAGACCAAAAGCUGUGGGGUGGAGGGGCUGUGAGAUCUUACUAUACACGAGAGAGAAGGAAAGAAAGGGUGCAGUGCACGGAGAGAAAGGAUGGAUUGGCCAUAGGAGCGGCUGAUCCAAUCUUUUGAAUUGAGCUUCUGUGGUGUGGGCGUGGAGACAGGGAGGGAUUUGUGUGUGUGUGUGGAGAGGGAUUUGUUUGUUUACACACAGCUCUGCUAUUGACCACACAGGUCAGAUGUCACUGAAAGUGGGCAGAGUCAAAAGAAGCCAGGCUUCACAGCAUCUAAUGCUUCUCUGUGAGAACACAGUUAGUGUCUUAAUGCAUAGAAACCAUGAAAGAGAUGCUCACAUUGGUCUGUCUGUCUGUGUGUGAAGUUGGACUCAUUGUGUUAUUGAGCUGCUGAACUAUCCCCUUACGGAGACAUGUGAGUAUCAUGUUGAAACAUAAUUCAAACAUGUAGGAAAACAGGUAGAGGGAGCUGCAGUGCACGCACGCACGCACGCACGCACGCACGCACGCACGCACACACGCACACACGCACACACGCACACACGCACACACGCACACGCACACACACACACACACACACACACAUACACACACAGGCUACUUCCUGUUUGGAGAUGUAAGACACGGGUCUGUGAGAAUAAUGUAAGGGUGUGAGUGUCUGCUAUGCGAUGUGAGUGGCCGUGCCUCUCAAAGCAUUAACCAAUUAGCCCCAUCCCAGCCGUUAGCCUGGCCCUGCUAUCAGGUUUUAUUUACUGGCCCCAUCCCAGCCGUUAGCCUGGCCCUGCUAUCAGGUUUUAUUUACUGGCCCCAUCCCAGCCGUUAGCCUGGCCCUGCUAUCAGGUUUUAUUUACUGGCCCCAUCCCAGCCGUUAGCCUGGCCCUGCUAUCAGGUUUUAUUUACUGGCCCCAUCCCAGCCGUUAGCCUGGCCCUGCUAUCAGGUUUUAUUUACUGGCCCCAUCCCAGCCGUUAGCCUGGCCCUGCUAUCAGGUUUUAUUUACUGGCCCCAUCCCAGCCGUUAGCCUGGCCCUGCUAUCAGGUUUUAUUUACUGGCCCCAUCCCAGCCGUUAGCCUGGCCCUGCUAUCAGGUUUUAUUUACUGGCCCCAUCCCAGCCGUUAGCCUGGCCCUGCUAUCAGGUUUUAUUUACUGGCCCCAUCCCAGCCGUUAGCCUGGCCCUGCUAUCAGGUUUUAUUUACUGGCCCCAUCCCAGCCGUUAGCCUGGCCCUGCUAUCAGGUUUUAUUUACUGGCCCCCAUCCCAGCCGUUAGCCUGGCCCUGCUAUCAGGUUUUAUUUACUGGCCCCAUCCCAGCCGUUAGCCUGGCCCUGCUAUCAGGUUUUAUUUACUGGCCCCAUCCCAGCCGUUAGCCUGGCCCUGCUAUCAGGUUUUAUUUACUGGCCCCAUCCCAGCCGUUAGCCUGGCCCUGCUAUCAGGUUUUAUUUACUGGCCCCCAUCCCAGCCGUUAGCCUGGCCCUGCUAUCAGGUUUUAUUUACUGGCCCCAUCCCAGCCGUUAGCCUGGCCCUGCUAUCAGGUUUUAUUUACUGGCCCCAUCCCAGCCGUUAGCCUGGCCCUGCUAUCAGGUUUUAUUUACUGGCCCCAUCCCAGCCGUUAGCCUGGCCCUGCUAUCAGGUUUUAUUUACUGGCCCCAUCCCAGCCGUUAGCCUGGCCCUGCUAUCAGGUUUUAUUUACUGGCCCCAUCCCAGCCGUUAGCCUGGCCCUGCUAUCAGGUUUUAUUUACUGGCCCCAUCCCAGCCGUUAGCCUGGCCCUGCUAUCAGGUUUUAUUUACUGGCCCCAUCCCAGCCGUUAGCCUGGCCCUGCUAUCAGGUUUUAUUUACUGGCCCCAUCCCAGCCGUUAGCCUGGCCCUGCUAUCAGGUUUUAUUUACUGGCCCCAUCCCAGCCGUUAGCCUGGCCCUGCUAUCAGGUUUUAUUUACUGGCCCCAUCCCAGCCGUUAGCCUGGCCCUGCUAUCAGGUUUUAUUUACUGGCCCCAUCCCAGCCGUUAGCCUGGCCCUGCUAUCAGGUUUUAUUUACUGGCCCCAUCCCAGCCGUUAGCCUGGCCCUGCUAUCAGGUUUUAUUUACUGGCCCCAUCCCAGCCGUUAGCCUGGCCCUGCUAUCAGGUUUUAUUUACUGGCCCCAUCCCAGCCGUUAGCCUGGCCCUGCUAUCAGGUUUUAUUUACUGGCCCCAUCCCAGCCGUUAGCCUGGCCCUGCUAUCAGGUUUUAUUUACUGGCCCCAUCCCAGCCGUUAGCCUGGCCCUGCUAUCAGGUUUUAUUUACUGGCUAAAGAAAUUAGAGUAAGUAAUGAGACCAGCCAACUCCUCCUAACCCAGCCCAACCCAACCCAACCCAACCCACCCACCCAACCCAGCCCAACCCAACCCAACCCAACCCAACCCAACCCAACCCAACCCAGCCCAACCCAACCCAACCCAACCCAACCCAACCCAACCCAGCCCAACCCAACCCAACCCAACCCAGCUCAGCCCAAUCCAACCCAACCCAACCCAACCCAGCCCAGCCCAACCCAGCUCAGCCCAAUCCAACCCAACCCAACCCAGCCCAACCCAACCCAACCCAACCCAACCCAACCCAACCCAGCUCAGCCCAAUCCAACCCAACCCAGCACAGCCCAGCCCAACCCAGCUCAGCCCAAUCCAACCCAACCCAACCCAGCCCAGCCCAACCCAGCUCAGCCCAAUCCAACCCAACCCAACCCAGCCCAGCCCAACCCAGCUCAGCCCAAUCCAACCCAACCCAACCCAGCCCAACCCAGCUCAGCCCAAUCCAACCCAACCCAACCCAGCUCAGCCCAACUCAGCCCAAUCCAACCCAACCCAGCUCAGCCCAAUCCAAUCCAACUCAGCCCAAUCCAACCCAACCCAGCCCAACCCAGCUCAGCCCAAUCCAACCCAACCCAACCCAGCCCAACCCAGCUCAGCCCAAUCCAACCCAACCCAACCCAGCUCAGCCCAACUCAGCCCAAUCCAACCCAACCCAGCUCAGCCCAAUCCAAUCCAACUCAGCCCAAUCCAACCCAACCCAGCCCAACCCAGCUCAGCCCAAUCCAACCCAGCUCAGCCCAAUCCAACCCAGCCCAACCCAGCUCAGCUCAGCCCAAUCCAACCCAACCCAACCCAGCCCACUCCAACUCAGCCCAACCCAACCCAGCCCAGCGCAACUCAGCCCAACCCAACCCAAUCCAGCACAGCCCAAUCCAACCCAACCCAGCCCAACCCAGCUCAGCCCAAUCCAACCCAACCCAGCCCAACCCAGCUCAGCCCAAUCCAACCCAACCCAGCUCAACCCAGCUCAGCCCAAUCCAACACAACCCAGCCCAACCCAGCUCAGCCCAAUCCAACCCAACCCAGCCCAACUCAGCUCAGCCCAAUCCAACCCAACCCAGCCCAACCCAGCUCAGCCCAAUCCAACCCAACCCAACCCAACCCAGCCCAACCUAGCUCAGCCCAACCCAGUCCAACUCAGCCCAACCCAGCCCAGCCCAACUCAGCCCAACCCAACCCAGCCCAGCCCAACUGUCCAACUCAGCCCAACUCAACUCAACCCAACCCAGCUCAGCUCAGCCCAACCAAGCCCAGCCCAACUCAGCCCAACCCAACCCAACCCAGCUCAGCCCAACUCAGCCUAACCCAACCCAGCCCAGCCCAACUCAGCCCAACCCAACCCAGCCCAGCUCAGCCCAACGAAACCCAGCUCAGCUCAGCUCAGCCAGCAAGCCAACCCAACCCAACCCAGCCCAGCCCAGCCAGCAAGCCAACCCAGCCCAACCCAACCCAACCCAGCCCAAACCAGCCCAGCCAGCAAGCCAACCCAGCCCAGCUCAGCCAGCCAGCAAGCCAACCCAGCUCAUCCAGAAAGCCAACCCAACCCAACCCAACCCAGCUCAGCUCAGCCCAAUCCAACCCAGCCCAACCCAGCCCAGCCCAGCCCAGCCCAACUCAACCCACCCAGCCAGCAAGCCAACCCAGCCCAGCCCAGCUCAGCCAGCCAGCAAGCCAAUCCAACCCAACCCAACUCAGCCAGAAAGCCAACCCAACCCAACCCAGCUCAGCCAGCCAGCAAGCCAACCCAACCCAGCCGAGCUCAGCCAGCAAGCCAAUCCAACCCAACCCAGCCCAACCCAGCUCAGCCCAAUCCAACCCAACCCAGCCCAACCCCGCUCAGCCCAAUCCAACCCAACCCAGCCCAACCCAGCUCAGCCCAAUCCAACCCAGCCCAACCCAGCUCAGCCCAAUCCAACCCAACCCAGCCCAACCCAGCUCAGCCCAAUCCAGCCCAACCCAGCUCAGCCCAAUCCAGCCCAAUCCAACCAAACCCAGCCCAACCCAGCUCAGCCCAAUCCAACCCAACCCAGCCCAACCCAGCCCAGCCCAAUCCAACCCAACCCAACCCAGCUCAGCCCAAUCCAGCCCAAUCCAACCCAACCCAGCCCAGCCCAAUCCAACCCAACCCAGCCCAACCCAGCUCAGCCCAAUCCAACCCAACCCAGCCCAACCCAGCUCAGCCCAACUCAGCCCAACUCAGCCCAACCCAGCCAACUCAGCCCAACCCAGCUUAG